UGCGUGCGGCUGCAGGGCGCGCCCUCAAGUCCGCGCGGUCUCCCACUCGGCGUUGGGGGACACAGGCGACAGCAUGGACACCAAGCGCUGCUUUGCCAACCGCUUCGAUGACUACCAGGGCAGCCUGCUGGCCGGUCAGUGUGAGGAGGCGGUGGCGCCCUUGGUCACCGCCACCAUCGAGCGCAUUCUCCAGGAGCUGCCCCCACUCGGGGGUGCCGCCGAGGCCCGGGGGGCGGCAACUGGGGCCAGCGGCUGCCAGGGGGGACUGUACGGCGGCGUGGCCGGAGUAGCCUACAUGCUCUACCACGUCUCGCAGAGUCCGCUCUUCGCCACUGCCCGGGAGCGCUACCUGCGCACUGCCAAGCGCCUCAUCGACGCGUGCUUCCGAGCGGAAGAGUGGGGCGAGCCGGACGCUGACACCCGCGCCGCCUUUCUCCUCGGGGGCGCGGGUGUGUAUGCUGUGGCCACGCUCGUAUACCACGCCCUGGGCCGGUCUGACUACGUGCAGCCACUGGGCAAAUUCCGGGCUCUGUGCGCCGUCUGUGCGCCCGUCUCCUUCCUGGAGUGUGGCUCCGACGAGCUGUUCGUGGGCCGCGCUGGCUACCUGUGCGCCGCGCUGGUGCUCAAGCAGAAACUCGCCCAGGAGGUGCUGACCCCCGCGCAGAUCAAAUCAAUUUGCCAGGCGAUUCUGGACUCUGGGAAGCAGUAUGCCAUAAAAAAGAGAAAACCAUUCCCCCUGAUGUAUUCUUAUUAUGGAACUGAAUACUUGGGGGCAGCUCAUGGUCUGUCAUCCAUUCUCCAGAUGCUUCUUUCUUACCAUGAGCACCUCAAGCCCUCAGAUCAGGAGCUGGUGUGGCAGAGCGUGGACUUCCUCAUGGAGCAAGAACAGAACUGCAACUGGCCGCCUGAGCUCGGCGAGACCAUUGAGAGAGAGAACGAGCUGGUCCACUGGUGCCAUGGAGCCCCAGGAAUUGCCUAUCUCUUUGCCAAAGCUUAUCUGGUGUCCAAAAAACCACAGUACCUGGACACGUGUAUCCGGUGUGGGGAACUCACAUGGCAGAAGGGCCUGCUAAAGAAGGGGCCAGGGAUUUGCCAUGGUGUGGCCGGCAGUGCCUAUGUCUUCCUGCUUCUAUACCGGCUCACGGGAAACUCUAAAUACAUUUACCGAGCCCAAAGGUUUGCUGAAUUCUUAUUUACCGAGGAAUUCAAGGCCGGCUCGCGAGUCCUUGAAAGUAUUUACAGCUUGUAUGAAGGCUUCUCCGGAACGGUGUGCUUUCUGAUUGAUCUGCUGCAGCCCAGUCAGGCUGAGUUCCCGCUCUUCAGCGUGUUUGUUUAGAAUGCUCCACCUUCCACUGUGUCUCUGCAGAAGGCCCCCGAGAUGGCCUGAGCCCACCCGAGGCCGUUUCCACAUAAACCACAUUCAAUGGGAUCACAGCCAUGAGCCUUAACAUUGCUGCCAGGAGGAAGGGAGCAGGCAAGUGAAGGCAACUUGAUACCAGACUUGAGAGAGCACAGUCUGAGAACCUGAAAGAUGAAGACAACGCCACUCUUCUAAAGACCAUAGAAAUUUAACAUUUCAGGGAAUAAAUGUGAAACCAGAGGUCAAAGGAAAAAGGGAAAGAGAACAGAUCUGUUUUUCAGUUACGAUAAACAACAAAACAAAUCUGAAAUAUGGUCUACGGCAAUAAAAUUCCAAUCCCUUUGCAAUUGGGGAGAGAUUAUGACCAUUUAUGGGUGCCCUCCACCCCUAAAUUCAGAAAUAAAAGACAAAUUGAAAACUAAAAAGUGAUUGCCCAACUGAAAACUUAGGAGGGAUGAAGUGUCAGGUUGCUGAAGGAAGUAAAAAGAAACUCUUGGUUGUCCUAAACAGUUACUUAUGGAAAUUCAUGAUUUUUACUGAUUCACGGAGAUAUUUGCCUAUGAAUAUAUAUUUUCUAUCAUUACCCGGGGCCCUUUAAAGAAAUCAUAUCAUAACGUGGUUUAACCCCUGAAAUUAGACAUUUCGUUAGGCCUUAGACCAUCUCUUUUCCUGGUUCCUUUUACUUUCAUAAAGUUCGAUUAGAAUAGUAAAAUUCAUAAACUAGCAAAUACUGUAGAAAGUGUUAUUGUCAAGUAUUUUUCUCAGUUUUAAGUGUGAGCUGUGCAUUGUCUAUUGUUAGUAAUUCUUAAAAAUGCCUUUAUAUAUGCAGUCCCUAUGAAGCUAUUAACUGAACUAUAAAUAUACUCUUGGUAAAAAUAACUCAUCUCAAAGAUCAGGGUAACCACUACAAAGGCCUGUCGUUUCUGCCUUUGAUGGAAUACUGUGACCCCUGGAAUAGGCAGAGAAAGGGCCUGGUGUUUGUGGAAAGAACAUUGCUCAAUUUUAUACUCUUAGAUUGAGAUAAGCUCCCUAGCUGAUCACCUUACCUUAUAAGACACAGGGUCCACUGGAAAUUGACUACAAUACCCAUUGAGCCAAGUUGUCACAUCAAAUUCAACUCAGCUGUAAACACAUGGAAGUUGUAAAACUGCUUCAAGUAAACAGUGGUUUGCAGAACACUGUAGGAGCAUCUAUCACUUCAAUACUCAGAACAUAACUCUAUCACUUUCCUUGAAUUCUGGCACUGGCAAUUUCAUGUAUCAGAAUGAGGUAGAUAAUAGAUAUAAAUUUAUCCCCAUGUAAAACAAAGCACCUAUUCUUCAGUGGUUCCUAACUCAGAUCAUAGACGGACUUUGGGAUGACUUGGGAAAUGCUAUGUUGUCUGGAAAUGUCUUUGUGUGUGUGUUGGUGUCUGUGUAUAUGAGCAUGUGCUCAUUUUUUCCUGGGAAGAAGAUCUCUAGCAUUCAUCAAAUUCUCAAAGAAUUCCAUGACCAAGAAAGUUAAGAACUACCUUUGCAUACUUUAUGGCUGUAUGUUUGCAUUCAUCAGAAAAACUAGGACAAAAUGAUUUUGAAAAUCAUACACCUUUUCAGAUUAUUGUUCCAUUUCCAUUUUCACAUCCUCAGACAUAAACAUAUAAAAUUGGCCUCAAUUGUUUAUUUUUGAAAAUACUCAGUUUGAGGCAAAUCCACAUAAAUAGCAGCUUUCAGAUGACUCCCAAAAUUGGGUUCCAGAAGUUCUUUCAUGAAUAGUCAAGUGUCUUCUUAGAAAGUCUUUAGGCAAAAUACUUCCUACAAAGUAGUCUCUUGUUGAAAGGCUGAUGAUAUCUGCUUUUCACCGUCUGGUUUCAAAUUCAUUUCAUUUGAUCCCUAGAAACUGAAGAUAGUAACCAUACAAUAUACAGGGCUUUAUGGAACACAUGCUUUUUAUCAUUCAACAACCAUUUGAGGUAUGUUAGGUAAGCGGUCCAAAGUUUCACAGCUAUUAAGGGACAUAACUAAGAUUCAAACCCAGUGUUUCACUUUCCAGGUGUAUUAUUUAGUAUUCUAAACUAGAAUCUGAUAAUACAGUAGUAAACCAGGAAACCAGAAGCCUUCUGUUUCUGUUUCCUGAUCCUGCCAUCAUUUACCCUGGAUAUUUAUACCCUAAGGCACUAGGGAGGAGCUCUGGUGGUGGAAAUGGUUAAGUGCUCAGCUACUAACCAAAAGGUUGGCUUCCAAACCCACUCAGUUGCUCCAUGGGGAAAGACCUGGUCUGCUCUUAUAAAGAUUACAGCCAAGAAAACCCUAUGGAGCAGUUCUACUCUGUCACAUGGGGUCGCUAUGAGUUGAAGUCGACUCGAAGGCAACUAACAACAACAACACAGCAGUAGGAAAUGAUAAUAUUGCUCUCAUCAUAUCACAGUUUCAUUUCUAGGAACUACAGAAAAACUGAACUUCCUUCCUGCUCACCCACCCUUUUAAGAUCUAGUUGGGUGACCAUAAUGUUGUGCUGAAUAUUGUGAAAAUGCAACCAACCCUUUUUUUGUGUCAAAUCCAAGCGAAGACCAUAUUUGAGUGUUGUCUUUAUGAAAUAACACCUUAAUAAAUUAUAAACAAAGAUAAGCUUGUUUAACUCUGAAACAUGCUGAAAGUUUUCAUUUUCCUAAAAGAAUAGGAUUAUAGGUGGAGCAGGAUCCUCUUCGGUAUUGUUUUCCCAAGAAGGGGGGACAAAAAAACCUUAAGUUUUACUGUAGAAAAUGAGAUGUCAUUUCUUAUUUAAUUAACCAAUUUAUCUCCUUCUAUGUAAUAACAUUCAUUUUUGAAUAGUACUUCGGCAUAUUGCCUCUUAAAGGCUUUGGGGGGCAUUUUCACCACCACUAGUAUAACUUUGGAUUUCCCAGGGGGUGCAAAUGGUUAAUGUGCUUAGCUGCUAACCAAAAGGUUGGAGCUUCUAACCAAAAGGUUGGAGGUUCCUAUGAGUUUACCCAGAGGAACCUAGGAAGAAAGGCCUGGCAAUCUACUGAAAAACCAGCCGUUGAAAAUCCUAUUGAGUUCUACUCUGGCACACAUGGGAUCGCCACAGCAACUGAUCAGUAUAACUUUAAUAUUAUUUACUAUAUGUGCCACAAACAAUUACAAAACCUGACGGAAGUAGUGGAAAGGUUUGAGGCUACAUUCAGAGUCUCUCAGCAAUGAGGAGAUUGCAUUAUAUUUCCAGAACAGGGAGUUUUGUAAAUCGUUAGAACUCUAUACAAUUUUGUUUCAUUAAUGUAGUUACAUAUUUCUCUUCCACACUCUCCCCCUCCCCGCCAAAUGUUAUACAUCUUUAUUUUGCCCAACCGUGAUUGCAAACAUCAGUUUUUACUUUGUAGUUUUUCCCUUUGUAACCUGAUAACUGAAGAAAAGAGAGGGUUUGACAGUAUCUCUUCUUCUGUGCUUCUUUAAGUAAUUGACUACACUAUUAAGAUAAUAGCAUUCACUUAAGAAUUUGUUUCUCUUGAGAAACAAAUAACAAAUAGAGCCAUUUCUUGGUCUAUGCUAAAUUGGAGCUCUUCCACCGACAACUUAUUUCUUUAACUUUCUUUAGCAUGCUAAGAUUUUAAUCAAGUUGAUAUUCAGAUUGUUUCAAUUUCUGUAGAGAACAAAUCUUGAUAAUUUUUUUGAACAUUUUAUUAUGCUUUAGGUGAAAGUUUACAGAACAAUUUGUUUCCCACUCAAUACUUUAUACACAGAUUGUUUUGUGACAUUGAUUACAAUCCC